AUGCCUGAGAGAGAAGACGACCUUGCGGCGGCCAUCUUCGGUCACUCCGACUCCGACCUCUCUUCUGACGAAGAUGACCUCGACAUUCCCCCGCGCCGGGACUCACCAGCCGCAGAAUCCUCCGGCGAUUCCGGCGAUGAAUAUGUACAGGAGAAGAAGCGUCCCGUGAAGCCCAAACGGCGGUCGAAGAGGCGCGGAGGGGAGGACGAGGAGGGGCGCCCCCAAAAGAAGCGGAAGAGGACGUCCUCCAAACGGGCUGCUCCGGAGGAGAUUGACCUGAGCCAGUACCCGCCUGACGUCGCCAAGAAGAUGCAACUGGACAUGAAGAUUGAAGCUAUCUUGAAGCCGAAGAAGGGUUCGCGCACCAAGCGCAAGCGCAAGGACGACGACGACGUGCUGGACAAGUACGCGGACGAGGAGGUGUCGCGUCUUAGGGAAGCGAUGUUGGCCGCGGCUGCCGAUGACGAGCAGGCUAACAAGGAGAAGCUUCCGGCAACCUCGAAGCUGCGACUGCUCCCGCAGGUUAUGGAGGUCUUGCGCAAGACUUCUCUAGCGCAGUCCAUUAUAGACAACAACCUCCUGGAAGGUGUCUGCAAGUGGCUCGAGCCGCUCCCGGACCGCUCCCUCCCCGCACUCGACAUCCAAAAGGAGUUCUUCCCGAUCCUGAAGAAGAUGGACUUCAUCGACACGAACGUGCUCAAGGAGUCCAAGCUCGGCCGCGUCGUGCUCUUCUACACCAAGUGCAAGCGCGCGACGCCCGACAUCGCGCGCGCCGCGAACGACCUCGUCUCCAUCUGGUCGCGCCCCAUCAUCAAGCGCUCCGCGUCGUACCGCGACCGCGUCAUCCCGACCGCCGCCGCGGAGGGCGAGGGCGGCGGGGCGCGCGCCGGCGAGCGCCUCAACGCGAUCCUCGCGCGCGCGAAGGAGAGCGACAAGAGCCGGGUGCGCAAGAAUGCGGUCUCGAUCCCGCAGAGCCAGCUCGGCAGCUACACGAUCGCGCCGCGCUCGAACCUCGGCUUCUCGAAGAACAACAUGGCUGUCGACGUCGACAUCCAGCGGCGCAAGCAGAACUCGGAGCGGCUCAAGAGCCUCACGCGGAAGAUGUCUCAGAAGACGUAG